CGGGUAGUGGAUGAUGGCUGCGGGCUGUGCGGAGGAAUGAAGCGGCUGACCGCUGCCUGUUUCCCCGCUGAACCCGCGCUCUCUGCGGCCUCAGGUUUUCAGCAGAGCGGAGCCUCCGGACGUACUGAGCUAUGAGGUGUAGUGUACUGUUGCCUCCAGGUGCCCUGGCUGUUGGACUAUGCUGUGUUUGUCCACUGGGUGGCGCCUCCUGAGCCAAGCUCACCGCCUCCCUCCCUGCCACCCCCACCCCGCCGCUCAGUCUGUCGCCAUGUACGCCACCCGCCUCUACAGCUCCGUCGGGGGAGGGGGAGGGGCAGGGGGAGGAGGUGGGGUUAAACAGGGGCGAAGGUCAGGGCUGGCCAUGAUCGAGGCACCCCACCCUACUCACCCUCACCUCCCCCACCACCCACACCCGGCUCCACCUCCCCCUACCUACCCUCUCUACCAGGGCCGCCCGGAUGCCCACCGAGGAGCACACUUCCACUACCACCCCCACCCCCAUCACCACCCGCAGCCCACCCACCUUGCCCAACCAGCACUGCCCCCCCACUACCAGCACCAUGCCCACUUCCACACGUAUGGGGGGGGCGCUCCAGGUGGAGGAGCCGCCGCCCCCGGCAGCAAGAAAAAGACGUGGAACUUUAUCCACGAAAAGAUGAGCUACGAUACGUUCUUCACCAUGAAACGUCUGAUCGAGCGCUCGCGGCAGCCCGACGAGGUGCUGCGCUGGGUCACCCAGAACCCAGCCAAGAUCUCCCACAACCACUACCCUGUCGCCCUGCAGAAGAUUGGACAGCUGCUGCAGGCCACGCCGCUGCCGCGAACCGGAGGGGACGCUGCUGAGGCUUCAGGAGGAGGAGCAGGAGGAGGAGCUGAGGCUGGUGACGUACGUCAGAUCCUGGAGCAUCAGGACUUUCAGACACUCUGCAAUGCUAUCGUCAACGACUGCGCCAAGUUUGACAACUUCAGUAUUGUCAACUGUUUGUACGCCGUGGCAGCACUCGGUCUUCCCAGCGACUCUCAGGUGGUCCAGGUGUUGGAGGCAGAGUCUCAGUCCAGACUGAACCAGUUCAACCAGAAGGACAUGUCCAUGGUUUUCAGCUCCAGUAUGAAGCUCCACCCUGGCAGCCAGCACCCCCUGACCGAGGCCUGCCUGGCCGGCCUGGAGAAGAACUUGGAGAGAGAGCGCCACCCGCAGACACUCUUCCUGCUGCUCUCAUACUACAGACUCAAGUGGCGCUCACUGCAGCCGCAGGAAGCUCCUGCUACUGUAGGGAGCGCUGCAACCACCUCUGCUAACAACAACAACAACACGCCUCCAAAUCCUGAACAGCUGCUCGCCAACAGGAAGAUCUUGCGUCUGGUCAAACACACUUUGGCGAGUGUCAGUGGCGUUCGUGACCAGGAGAUGGCACUGUUGGACGAGAUGUUGGCAGUGUGCGCUCGAGAGGCGAGCAACAAGAGUUUAGAGUUGAUCUUCAGCUCUCACCUGUUCUACCAGAACAGACAGGAGAGGUUCAUCAGCAGCUUGGCAGACGAGUUGCCAAAGAAGGUGGACAGCAUCACUCCGUACACGAUGGCUUUGGUCGCCAAAUACAUUGCUCGCCAUCGGCUGAGAGAGACCCGGCUGCUCGAUACCAUCGCGGACUUCCUGGUGAAGAAGGCAGAAUACUUGGACAGUAAGGUGAUCCAGAAGCUGGUGUUCCCGUUCAGCAGGAUGAGUUACCGUCCGUCCAACGAGCAGCAGUUCUUCUCUCGGUUGGAGGAAGUGGUGGAGCUGAAGGCGCUCAGCUCCCCGCUGGCCACCGUCAACAUCCUCAUGUCUCUGUUCCAGCUGGGACAUUUCCCCGGCCUCGUUCUGCACCGAGUAUUCUCCUCCGCCUUCAUCAGCAACGUCACCAACAGUCCAUACGCUCUGAUCGUCCGGAGGUACCUCUCUCUGCUGGACGCUGCAGUGGAGCUGGAGUACCGUGACUAUACCGGACCACGACUGCAGGAUACCCACAAGGUCCUGAUGUUUGACCACGCCCUGACUGCUGAUGAAGUCAACCGCAAGUACAGCUAUAAGGGUCUGGUGGCUGAGGCCCUACGUCAGCUGGUUGGAGAACAGAACUACAAACAAGACGAAGUGCUGGCCCCAGGAUACUACACAGACUUCGUGCUGUGGAUGGACAGUUCUGGUCACGUUCUUCCGAUCAGGACCGGGUCUGGUCUGGCUCUGCACAUUGUUUCUCCGUCCUGUAUUGCCGUGGCAUCCAAGCCAGCUGACGGCGCGGUAGCCGUGGUGACUUCAGAGUUCCAGAGGUUCUCUCCCUUUGCGGCACUUGAAGAGGGCGCCGAGCAGCCGUGUCAGGUGGGAGAGGUGAUGGGCGGGGCCAUGGAGCCCAGGUCCUUCCUGCCCCACCACAUUCGCAGCACAACGGGGACGAUGGUGUCCUCAGGACCCCCUCGGCCCGGGACAAAUGGCGGUCACUUGGACUAUGGCCAAUACUAUGUCCCUGCGGCAGAGUACUACUCCAGUCUUGCAAAGGAGCACUCACUGGAGAGCCAGGACAGCUCCACGCUCAGCAGCCCCCCUUCUGAUGGCGUGGCCCCACCUGGGGCUCAGGGACCUGCAGGGGUCACCGCCCCAGACUCGCUAUUCCAAUUUUCCAUUGGAAAGAUCCUGGAGGAUGAGGGAGGGACGGGGGCCCCAGGGAGCCAGGGGACAGACUGUGAGCUGUCGGGCUUCUACGAGGACGUGACCUAUUCUGAGGCGUCUGGGGCUGACAGAGGGCCCUCGUCACCGCCACAGCUCCACCCCCCUGAUCGACCAGACGCCGACAAUCCCACAACAGACCAGAGACAGAUCCGGAGGGUUAUCAUGUCCGUCAAUGAUAAGUGGCAUUACUGCCACAACUCUGAGGUUCUGGUCGGUUCCCGGGCCAUGAGAGACCGACACCUGAGGCUUCUGGGAUACGUCAUCCUUCAGCUCCCGUACCACGAGCUGGAGAAGCUGAACGGCAUCGAGGAGGUGAAGCAGUACCUGCACAAGAAGCUGCUGGACGUCCCGCUAUGACGCUCUGUGUGUGUGUGUGUGUGUGUGUGUGGAGGUCUGUAGCAGGGGUCAGGGGUCAGCAGUUUGUUAGCACAGCACUCAGUCUGUCGUCUGUGAGGAUUCACCUGCACAUUAAUGUCCUGUUCAUGGAGACUACAGCUGCAGCUGAUGAUUAUUCAACAGUCCACUCAGACCCUGUGUCUGUGUGAGCAGUGGCCUGAUCAGGUGAUGAUGAAGGUGACGAUGAGCUGCAGACGUGCAGGUGUCCUCACAGACGUAGUGACCGUCCUGCUGCUGUCGGACCACGUUCCAAACCAGAUCAUCAGUGUUUGGAUUCAUGUCCCUGACACACGCCGAGACAGGAAUCAGUGUCAGGGCUGCAGACUGUGGGAGUCCAGCCGGGAGCUGGUGGGGUGGCACUGUGGGAGCGUGGUUAGCACCGUCUCCAGGUGGCGACCCUCGGUGAGACGAGCGGUGCAGCUGAUGGAUGGAUGAUGGUCUGAAUGUUGAAUUUCCUUCAUUUUAAUUAUUUGCCUUAAAACAGCGAGAAUCAGCUUUAAUAACAAAACGUGGAUAUGUAGAAUGUAACAACCCCCCACCCCACCCCCCCUCGUGUCAGUGCUGCUCUUACCUGUGCAGGUGUGGUUUGGAACGUGGUCAACAAAGUGUCACUGUUUGCUGAGUGGAGGCUGUGAUCUGAUUGGUCUCUGUGUGGAUGAACAUUAUCUUUUUCCAGGGUGGGUGGGUGGGAGGGUGGGGCGGAGUCCCUUUUUAUAAUGUUUGGUAACCAUGGAGAUGAUGAUGACGAUGCAUGUGUGGGGCUCGAUGCUUUUUUCUGUAAAGACCAGGGGCUGAUGGGUAUCGUAGUUCUGAGUGCACACCCAGAGGAGGGGAGGGGUGAGGUGAGUGUUGCCACAGUAACGUGGUGUGUGCCAAAGGUCUGGAGGAUGAGUUAGGAUACAGUGUGGGUGAUUACUGUCGGGGUCAAAGGUCAGAUUAUUUAUUUGUGUAUCAGGUGACUGAUGUUUGAGGGUAAAGAAGCUUGUUUAUAUUCUAUAAAUCUAUUAAUUCAAAUGUCUAUAAAACCUGAAACCAAA